UGCUGGCUGACAGCAGCAGCAGCAUUAACAUAGCAGACCAUUAAACGUGACUUCUGCUGCUCUCUAUAAUAACAUCUAGACCUCAGAGGGUAAAGAUGCCUCCAGUCAGGAGCGUGUAUGUGCCCCGGUUCAGCUCUCAACUGAGCUCUAGUCAGAGUCAAAGAGAUGAACCAGAACCAGACCAGACCAGGACCCGGACCACACAGAGGGACCAGAGCGGGAACCAGCGGGCUGAUAAAAAGACCCGGUUCCUUUUAAAAGUCAAAUUACAAAAACACAACAGCACUUUGUCCAAGAAGGGGACAACAGAGGAGGACACAACACCGAGCAGAGCGACGGUAGAGACCGUUGCUAAGACAACCGAGAGACCAGGAGGUGCUGGCACUGAUUCUGACUCUGUUGGCCGAGAUGUUUUCUUCUUCUCCCAAAGACCCACCAGCACAGCAAUGAACGAGAAGGAAAAGGUAUGAGCUUCAAACAGGCGCGAGACGCCUCCGUCUCCUCCGACAGAGCAGAGACUGGGACUAAUCGCAGUGGGCGCCACACACCUCAGGAAGGAGACUGGAGAGACGAGGAUGUCCAACCGGAGAGGCGCACUGAGCAGGUGUCCUGUCUGCCUUUCAGCGUGGAGGCGCUCAUUUCGGACAGGAGGCCGCUGAAUGCGACCGACAGGAGAGAUGGAAAUCACUCUCUGAAGGAUGAACAGGCGCAACAAUUAGUAUCUAUCAAAUCAGAGGCAUCGGAACGAGACGACUCUGUGUCCUGGAUAUCCAGCCCCAUUAAGAUGUCAACACCAACACGGCAGCAAAGUCCAGCAGUCUGCUCCUUGAGGAAGCACAAGACCAAUCGCAAGCCUCGCACUCCCUUCACCACCACGCAGCUCCUGGCGCUGGAGAGAAAGUUCCGUCUGAAGCAGUACCUGUCCAUCGCCGAGCGGGCCGAGUUCUCCUCCUCCCUGUCGCUGUCCGAGACCCAGGUCAAGAUCUGGUUCCAAAACCGACGAGCUAAAGCCAAGAGGCUUCAGGAGGCCGAGGUGGAGAGACUAAAAAUAGCGGCUAGCCUUGUGCCCAAAGCUGUGUUCCACCCAGGCUUCCCGUCCUUGGGUUUUCCCUUCAGUGUUAACUUGCAGGCUGGAUCGGCAGCGCUCUACGGACUGGGCUGCAGCCCCAUACUCCCUGCUGCACAUCUGGCCGUGUACGCCUCGCAGGUCGGCCACAGCCUGUUCCACCUCUCCUGAGAGGAAGCAGCACAAAGUGACUUGGGAGUGUGUUAAAAAAAGAGGACAAGAGUGUAUCAUGAAGUCACGCACCUUAUAUAUAAAAGACUCGAUUAAGGACCUAAAGUGGAGCUGAAGCCUUAUGAUCUUCACUGGUUUUCUUGAGUUACAAUGAGAAUUUAUAAAUGUCCUUUAACAAGGAUAUAGCAUCUGGAAGAUCCUUCAGCAGGGGUCAUUGAUAGUGAAUGGAAUAUUGAUCAGGCCACGAUUAUCGUCCUGAAUACCAGAUUGCAUUCAUCAUAGCGUUUUUGGUUAGUUUCUCCUGCUCUUCCUGUAUUCUCUGGAUGAUUCCAGCAUUGGGAAUUCAAAAUAUUUUCACUUCUUCGCCUUGAAUAUGCGGGGAUAUAUUGUAUAUUAUACUCCUCUUAAAGCUUAAAAGCCAGUGUAUUCCAAAUGACACAUAUUUAUUUAUGAUAGCCCUUGGAUUCAUUUAUAUCAUGAUGCAUAUCUACAUUUUUAAAAGUUAAUAUUUUACAUGUUUGAAGUUAUAUUAAAGCUUUUGGUUAACCCUC